UUCAGGAGGAUGCUGCGGUUCGAUGAGGAAAAGGACUAUCGUCGGCGGGUACGCGUUCACUUGGUGGUUCGUCACCGAUGUGCAGCGACUGUCCCUGGAGGUGAUGACCCUAAAUCCGGUGUGCGAGAGCGUGGAAACGGCCCAGGGUGUACCUCUGACCGUCACCGUGGCACAGUGCAAAAUCAUGAAGGCCGACGAAUUGUUGCACACUGCCAGCGAACAGUUUCUCGGAAAGAGCGUCCACGAGAUCAAAUCCACCAUUUUGUCCACCUUGGAGGGUCAUCUGCGAGCUAUACUAGGAACGCUCUCGGUGGAGGAAGUCUACAAGGAUCGAGAUCAAUUCGCAGCUCUUGUACGGGAAGUUGCCGCCCCGGAUGUUGGCCGGAUGGGUAUCGAGAUCCUUUCAUUCAAUAAGGACGUUUACGAUGAUGUCCAGUACUUGACAUCGCUAGGUAAAGCCCAGACAGCUGCUGUUAAAAGAGACGCCGAUGUUGGUGUCGCCGAAGCAAAUCGAGAUGCCGGUAUCAGGGAAGCAGAAUGCGAGAAAUCGGCAAUGGACAUAAAAUAUAAUACUGAUACGAAGAUAGAGGACAACGCGAGACUCUAUCAAUUGCAGAAAGCUAACUUUGAUCAGGAAGUGAACACAGCUAAAGCCGAGGCUCAGUUGGCUUAUGAACUUCAAGCAGCGAAGAUAAAACAGCGGAUACGAAAUGAAGAAAUACAGAUCGAAGUUGUGGAAAGGCGCAAGCAAAUCGAGGUCGAGGAGCAAGAAGUUCGUCGAAAAGAACACGAACUUCAGAGCACAGUUCGGUUACCAGCCGAGGCUGAGUAUUAUAAAAUGGGAAGAAUAGCCGAGGGAAAAAGAACUCAGACUGUGAACGUAGCGAAAGCCGAGGCUGAGAAGAUUCGACUGCUCGGAGAGGCUGAUGCUUAUGCUCUCGAAGCUGUCGGUGUCUCGGAAGCUGAACGUAUGCGAAUGAAAGCGGCGGUUUAUAAGAAGUACGGUGAAGCCGCUAUACUCAAUAUCACUCUGAAUGCCUUGCCAAAAAUCGCGGCCGAAGUCGCGGCGCCGCUAGCGCGAACGGAAGAAAUCGUGCUUCUCGGCGGAAGCGACGCGACCGGCGGAGAAUUUACACGUCUUGUAGGACAAGUGCCACCAGCUGUACACGCAUUGACUGGGGUAGAUCUUUCCAAAGUUUUAGGAAAAAUACCAGGCGCAAAGUAAUGCGGAACA